UCUCUCUCUCUCUCGAUCUCUCUGCACCAGCAACUCCAAUUCCAUCUGGCGAUUCUCGGAUUCUCAGCCAUGGACGAUCACGCGGUGGACGCGCUUUCCGAAAAGUUCGAUCGCAUCGUCCUCAGUUCCGCCGCAAAGCCUCCCACCGCGGCGUGCAGAUACGGUUUGGAGCGAGUGGAAGGAAAUGAAAAUUCGAUUGAUGAUUCCGCUGAGUACAGCGGCAAUCGGGAAUCUUCGCCUGACGAGGGACAGACCCUCCCCAUACUACAGAAGAUCAUUAGCUUGAGUUCCAAGAUACAAGAUUUGAGGAAGGAGCACUCUGUUCUGUCUGAUGAAGUGAAGGGUAUAACUCCAAGUGCCUUUGCUGGGCCCGAACUGAUCGAUACGCUUGAUCGACUCGGCAAAGAGAAUGAAAGAUUAAAGAAGAAGUACCUUGACGAGUCAUCUGAAAGAAAGAGACUGUACAAUGAAGUGAUUGAGCUUAAAGGCAACAUAAGGGUCUUCUGUAGAUGUAGACCGUUAAACUCAGAAGAAGUUGCGAGUGGCUCUCAUUGUGUGGUGGAAUUUGACCCUUCUCAGGACAGUGAGCUUCAGGUCCUUUCCUCUGAUUCAUUGAAGAAGCCGUUUAAAUUUGAUCAUGUGUUUAAGCCCGAGGAUGAUCAAGAGGCUGUUUUUGCUCAGACGAAGCCUAUUAUCGCUUCGGUAAUGGAUGGAUAUAAUGUAUGCAUUUUCGCAUAUGGCCAAACUGGUACUGGAAAGACAUUUACAAUGGAAGGAACUCAAGAGAACCGGGGAGUCAACUACAGGACCUUGGAAGAGUUGUUUCAAAUAUCUGAAGAAAGGAAUGGCAUUAUGAGAUAUGAAUUGUUUGUCAGCAUGCUGGAAGUGUACAAUGAGAAGAUAAGAGAUCUCUUGGUAGAAAGCUCAGAACAACCAGCUAAGAAGUUGGAGAUAAAGCAAGCUGCAGAGGGGACUCAAGAGGUUCCAGGGCUGGUUGAAUCUCGUGUUUUUCGUACAGAGGAAGUGUGGGAGCUACUGAAGUCUGGAUCUCGAGCUAGAUCAGUCGGAUCCACAAGUGCGAAUGAGCUCAGUAGCCGCUCUCACUGCCUGUUGCGAGUGACCGUGAAGGGUGAGAACCUGAUAAAUGGACAGAAGACAAAGAGUCAUCUUUGGAUGGUUGAUUUGGCCGGCAGUGAGCGUGUUGGUAGGAUUGAAGUUGAAGGUGAUAGGUUGAAGGAAUCUCAAUUUAUAAAUAAGUCCCUUUCUGCACUGGGAGAUGUGAUAUCUGCCCUUGCGUCUAAAUCGGCUCAUAUUCCUUAUAGAAACUCGAAGCUUACACACAUGCUGCAGAGUUCCCUAGGUGGAGAUUGCAAAACCCUGAUGUUUGUCCAGAUCAGUCCAAGUUCUGCAGAUCUUGGGGAGACUCUUUGUUCUCUUAAUUUUGCCAGUCGGGUCCGGGGGGUUGAGAGUGGACCUGCUCGCAAGCAGGCGGAUGCUUCGGAACUUUUCAAGUAUAAGCAGAUGGUGGAGAAACUAAAGCAUGAUGAUAAGGAAACGAAAAAGUUGCAUGAAAAUUUGCAGUCGUUGCAGUUGAGGUUUGCUGCUAGAGAGCAUACUUGCAGAAGCCUUCAAGAAAAGGUUCGAGACCUUGAGCAUCAAUUAGCAGAAGAAAGGAAAACUAGACUCAAACAGGAAACUAGAACCUUAACAGUUGCUUCUACUCAGUCUAAAGCAAUGCCAUCUUACAGGCAGCCACCUCUGAAGACAAUAGCAGAGAAAAAGCCACCGCUAGUCCCCUCCAAGCUGAGGCCGCCGCUGCGGAGAAUUACAAAUUUCCUUCCACCCCCAUCUCCUUCAUACAGAACUGUCAGUAAAGGCCCGACUUUAGCAAUAGACAAAGAAAACAUUGCCAGACCAGGUGCUGCAGCGAACAGCAGAAGCUUGAUGAAACCAAGACGAAUUUCCAUUGCAACUGGGCGAGCUCCUCCUUCAACAGGGCAGGUUUUCCAGCCCAGGAGGCGGGUUUCCAUUGCUACCCUCCACCCGGAAUCUAAUGUGCAAUUGUCUACCCCUCUUCGUACCAACUCUCAUUUGCCAAAUAACAGUUCAGUGAGCCGGCAAUCAUUUGUAAAGGACCCACGGAAGGCUCGGUACUCCAAACUUUUCUCCCCAAUGCCUGGAUUGAAGGGAGCAUCGGAAACGACGCCGGUUGCUAUGAAGACCAGCAGCAAGUUCAUGGGAAGUCCUCCGACACAACAAGUGGGUUCAUGGAAGCCGAAGCAUCCUACUGUUGUCGCCUUGCAACGCAAGUCGAUCGUCUGGAGUCCACUCAAGUGGAGAGGGAAGAAGCGGCCUUCCCUGUUGCCUUCUCGUCCUUUUUCUGAAAUGCAAUGACGUAACUUGCGCAAGUGCUCAAUCUCUUCCCUGGAUCCUUGCUCUUAACAUCCUCAAAAUUGUAUGCGUCUUGCUUACGAGUCAAUUAUUCUUUGGACAAGACAGACAUUUCUGGAGAUUCAUCAUGCGUGUACACAGGCAAUGACAGUUUGAAGAAAUUUGAAUGGUAAUAGGAUUAGAAUGCAGGAAUUUUUGUUGUUGAC